AUGUCCUCGGCUAAUCGGGGACCUGCGCCAAGGGGCAACCGCAAGCGUGCCCGCACUGGCGGCGAUGCCAGCUCGUCCGUUGCAGCCUCCAGUCCCAUGCCCUCGUCGCCGCCGGCUUUCAACAUUGCCCACGGAGGUGACGACGAUGAUGACAUCGAGGAGGAGGCUGAGAUUCAAGACGACAUCGACGAGCUUGAUGAGAUGGCCGAGGAUGAUAUUGAUCUGUUCCGUGAGGGCUUUGAGCGAGACUACCGCGGAAAGGAUGACAAUGAUGGCUAUGAGGGCAUCGACAUUGAUGAUGAGGGCGACUAUGAUGAGCUCAACCUCGGCGACAGACGAAGACUUGAAGCCCAGUUGAACCGCAGAGACCGUGAAGUUGCCCGCAGAAGGCGCAUGCCCGCCGCCUUCCUCCAAGAUGAGGACGAUGAUGGUGAUAUCGACCUGACAGCACAACCUCGCCGACGUCGUCACCAUUAUGACGAAGACCCCGAUGACGAGAUGGACCAAGACAUCAUGGACGAGGAGCUAUCCUUGGAAGCACUCCAGGACGUCAAGGCCUCCAGUCUUACCGAAUGGGUAUCACAACCUGCUGUGCAGCGAACAAUCAAGCGGGAGUUCAAGGCAUUCUUGACCGAGUAUACCGACGAGAGCGGUUCCUCCGUCUAUGGAAACCGCAUUCGAACCCUCGGUGAGAUCAAUGCAGAGUCUCUCGAGGUUUCAUACGACCAUCUCUCGUCUUCGAGAGCCAUCCUAGCUUACUUCUUGGCCAAUGCGCCUGCUGAGAUGCUAAAGCUCUUCGACGACGUUGCCUUGGAUGUUGUGCUUCUUCACUACCCCGACUACGAGCGCAUUCAUACUGAUAUCCACGUUCGUAUCUUCGAUCUUCCAGUACACUACACCCUCCGCCAGCUGCGUCAAUCUCACUUGAACUGCCUGAUUAGAGUAAGCGGUGUGGUGACACGACGAACGGGUGUUUUCCCUCAGCUCAAGUAUGUCAAAUUUGAUUGCACAAAGUGCGGUGUCACCCUUGGACCUUUCCAACAGGAGUCCAACGUCGAGGUCAAGAUCACGUUCUGUCAAAACUGCCAGUCUCGCGGUCCGUUCACAAUAAAUUCCGAGAAGACUGUCUACCGAAACUAUCAGAAGCUUACGCUUCAGGAGUCGCCUGGUACCGUCCCAGCAGGUCGUCUGCCAAGACAUCGGGAAGUCAUUCUUCUGUGGGACUUGAUCGACAAGGCCAAGCCUGGUGAGGAAAUCGAAGUGACUGGCAUUUACCGAAACAAUUACGAUGCUCAGCUGAACAACCGCAAUGGAUUCCCCGUGUUUGCUACCAUUUUGGAAGCAAAUAACGUUGUCAAGUCUCACGAUCAACUGGCUGGCUUCAGACUAACCGAGGAAGACGAGCAAAAGAUCCGCAAUCUGUCUCGGGACCCGCAGAUUGUUGACAAAAUUGUCAACUCGAUCGCCCCCAGCAUCUAUGGCCACAGCGAUAUCAAAACCGCUGUGGCGUUGUCCCUUUUCGGUGGCGUGAGCAAGAUUGCCAAGGGUUCUCACCAUGUGCGUGGUGACAUCAACGUUCUCCUCCUUGGAGACCCGGGUACCGCCAAGUCGCAAGUGCUCAAGUACGUAGAAAAAACGGCACACCGAGCCGUCUUUGCCACUGGUCAAGGUGCGUCUGCUGUUGGUUUGACGGCUAGUGUUCGUCGAGACCCUCUCACCAGUGAAUGGACGCUCGAGGGCGGUGCCCUUGUCCUUGCCGACAGAGGAACGUGCCUUAUCGACGAGUUCGACAAGAUGAACGACCAAGAUCGAACUUCCAUCCACGAAGCCAUGGAGCAGCAGACAAUCUCCAUCUCGAAAGCAGGUAUCGUGACUACUCUGCAGGCACGUUGUGGAAUCAUUGCAGCUGCCAACCCAAUUGGCGGGCGCUACAACUCCACCAUUCCAUUCUCUUCCAACGUCGAGUUGACAGAGCCCAUCUUGUCGCGUUUCGAUAUCCUCUGCGUUGUCCGAGACACCGUUGACCCCUCUGAGGAUGAGCGUCUUGCUCGCUUCAUUGUCGGCUCUCACAGCCGCAGCCACCCAACCUCGCAGAGCACAGAAGACUCAAUGGAAGUCGAGCCAGAAUCACAAGCUGCUACCGAGAGACAAGAUUCCCAAGCUAAGAAGGAGGGCGAGAUUCCUCAGGAACUUUUGCGAAAGUACAUCCUGUACGCACGUAACCCUAACCACUGCAGUCCUAAACUCCUGCACAUGGAUGAGGACAAGGUAGCACGGUUGUUUGCCGACAUGAGAAGAGAGUCACUGGCAACUGGCGCAUAUCCUAUUACUGUACGUCACUUAGAAGCUAUUAUCCGUAUUUCCGAAGCAUUCUGCCGCAUGAGGUUAUCGGAAUACUGUAGUGCUCAAGAUAUCGACCGUGCCAUCGCGGUGACAGUAGAGAGUUUUGUUGGCAGUCAAAAGGUUAGCUGCAAAAAGGCUCUCGCCAGAGCAUUCGCAAAAUACACCCUUGCACGACCUGGUGCUAGUGGUUCAUCGGCAAGAAGGGGCGGUGCGCUGUCGAGGAGGACGGCUGCUGCCACUGCCUAG